UAAAGAGAACCAACUAACUCUACAACAAAGAAUAGGAUUGAUUGAACCAUUGACAGAAUUGUACUGUACUCUAGAUAUGUCUGAUUUUAUUCGUAUCCCAUCCGAAAACAUCCAUUUUAUUAAUAGCUUUAUAGAUGAAUUGUAUAAGGAUGAACCAAACAACCCAAUUGUAACAAUUGCUUAUUUCGGUGUAAAUCGUUUUCAUCACAAAUGCCUUAAAGACCUUUUAAAAAUCGCAAAUAAAAAAGUAGUACCCGUACCAGAUAUUGCUACCGCUUCAAAUUCAUCGUUUUCAAAUAAAUAUGAUCAGGCCAUAGCAUAUUUCCAAUGCAUUUUUGCAAUCUAUACAGGUAAAAUCAAAUUUGUAUCCAACUUGCUUCAUAAAUACUCUUUUUUUACCAACGGUUCAUUUUAUUUCAACUACCUCUUCUUUUCCGUAUUAUUAUAUCAUAGAGAAAUUCAAGAUACAAUUCCACCAGAAGACGUACAUUACCUUCGUCAAAAGGCAGUUCAAUUCAUUUCAGAUCUACCCAAAGACCAUUCAAUAUUAUCAAACUAUCAUAUCGCAAUCACUGGUGUACUCUGUAGACUCGAGACAAUGGAUUCAAAAAUUUUAAUUUAUCACUUUAGAGAACAUGGAAGGUUAUUAAGUCCACAAUUACAUGGUUAUAUUCCACAAAGAUUAUCAUUUGUUGAUGCUCUAAUUUCUAUUCCUGAAUUUGAAAAAUUAAAAAUUAACUAAAUAUCAAUUUAAAACAAAACAAAAAAAAAAACAAAUAAAGUUUAUAUAUUUUUAU